UGAAAUUGAAAAGUCUAUAGAAAGUAAUUCAGAAACAAUUGAAGAUUUAUAUAGUGAUAUUGAAUCUCUUAAUCAGUUUGAAGAAAGUAAUCAAUUUGAAGAAAGCAAUUCUUUUGAAGAAAGCAAUCAGUUUGAAGAAAGCAAUCAAUUUGAAUUUGAAGAAAUCAAUCAAUUUGAAGAAAUCAAUCAAUUUGAAAAAAAACAAUCAAUUUGA